CUGCAAAGUGACUCACUGUGCUGCACACUCUGGCUGUCCGAUAGACAACUGGCAUCUUCUUCUUGUGGAGGCAUCAUGGUGACAACCAUCUAGAGAAGCCAGCGAACGUGGCCAUCUGAAAUUUGAGAAACAGACUCCGGCUCUUGGUUCUUGCUUCGGAACAUGAAUCUCUAUAAAGUGGCUUGUACAGAUAUCCCACCACCCAAAGCAAGCAUACAGAAGUCCAACGAAGCACCUUUAAAAUUUAAGAGACAAAGUAUGGUUCCUAAAAUAAGCUCUCCAGUCAGGUGCUGGUUUGAGGGAUUAAACAGCCAACCUGAACAGAUGCUACUACAGAAGUUUUUGCUUAUGCACGGACUGUCGAUACAGCAGACCGACAAAGCUGUCUCAGGAAUGAGAUACAGAAACCUUGGGAAAUCCGGACUAAGAGUUUCAUGUUUGGGGCUAGGGACAUGGGUCACAUUUGGAGGUCAGAUUUCAGAUGAGGUUGCCGAGCAGCUAAUGACUAUUGCAUAUGACAGUGGAGUGAAUCUGUUUGACACAGCCGAGGUGUAUGCCGCUGGCAAAGCAGAAGUCAUUUUGGGGAACAUCAUAAAAAAGAAGUGCUGGAGGAGGUCGAGUCUGGUCAUUACAACAAAACUCUACUGGGGAGGAAAAGCUGAAACAGAAAGAGGACUUUCAAGAAAGCACAUUAUUGAAGGAUUAAAAGCUUCCCUUCAGAGACUGCAGCUUGAAUAUGUGGAUGUAGUCUUUGCAAAUCGGCCGGACAAUAAUACCCCGAUGGAAGAAAUUGUCCGGGCAAUGACGCACGUGAUAAACCAGGGCAUGGCAAUGUACUGGGGAACCUCCCGAUGGAGCGCCAUGGAGAUCAUGGAAGCUUAUUCGGUAGCAAGACAGUUCAAUAUGAUUCCACCGGUGUGCGAACAAGCAGAAUACCACCUGUUCCAAAGAGAAAAGGUGGAGGUCCAGUUACCGGAAUUAUACCACAAAAUAGGAGUUGGAGCGAUGACAUGGUCUCCGCUUGCUUGUGGGAUCAUCUCAGGGAAAUAUGCCAAUGGGAUUCCUGACAGCUCAAGGGCUUCACUAAAGUGCUAUCAGUGGCUAAAGGAGAAGAUUGUGAGCGAAGAAGGAAGGAAACAGCAAACAAAGCUGAAAGAUCUCUUCCCGAUUGCGGAACGCCUAAGCUGCACACUACCUCAGCUAGCAGUUGCAUGGUGUCUACGCAAUGAGGGUGUGAGUUCGGUUCUCCUAGGAUCUUCCAACCCAGAGCAACUAAUAGAGAAUCUCGGUGCCAUACAGGUUCUUCCGAAGAUGACAUCCCACAUCGUGAAUGAAAUCGAUAAUAUUUUGGGGAACAAACCUUACAGCAAGAAAGACUACCGAUCCUAAUGCAUUGCAUGACUGAAUUGGACUGCAUGGCUAAAAUCGCGCUCUGUACGUAGUACAGUACUGAGGCAGUACUAAUUAUCCUGUUAUAAUGAGAAUUUAUUCAAGCAGUCCCUUUCGUUCCCUGGAUUCUUCAGGGGUGUGUGCUGUGCCCAAACGCAGAAAGCACAGCUCAUCUCUUGGUCGCCUGAGGUAGUCUUUGCUCUUUUCUUUUGACUCAAGUCCUCAGAGUUUUUUGACUCAACUCCAGCUCAAGCCAAAGGGCACCACACAGAGGGAAGGGCUGCUACACAAGCCCCGUUGAGAUGAAUGAGACACGCACAGCAGCGCUGCCAUUCAACGUAGUGGUGCAGGAUCCACUGGAUUGUGCUCCGUUUAUUCUCCCUCUUGCCGCUUCCAGUUUAUGCAGUGAAAAUACACAUGUAAAGAAACAAUAAAGAUUUCCAAGCAUUAGGUACUUGGGAAUUCAAAGAAGGAUGUACAGAUAUAUUUUUUCAAAGAACAAAAGUCAGACACAGGUAAAGGCUUAGGAUAAAAGACAUG